AUGCGCCGCUUUCCGGCAGCGCUUCAAGAUGCUCCCAUUGGAACUUCUGAAAUCAGGUCUCACAUGUCCAGGAUUUGGAACACUUUCCGGCUCUGGGGGACACCCCUUCCGACUCCGACUGAGGCUCAGGGUCAACUGGGAUCUUUAGUCCAGCGAUAUGCCAGGCCCAUUCUGAUUGAAGGACGGGUGCCCCUGCAGCAUCAACCCCUGGAGAUGCAGAAGACAACGCCCAGGCAUUGGCCCGGCAAUCCACGGUGGCCUUCACAACAGAAGCGGAGGUGCAGAACCUCCGCAAGACCGGUGAGGGCUUCGCCAGGUCCUUCUUCCUGCAGACUGAAGAAGAGGAUGAAGAGCAGGCCCGUCGCAUGGUCCGACGUCUGGAGUCACGCUCCAAGUCGCGGUCGAGGCCUGGCACCGCAGCAGCAUCUCCCGAAACAAGUCCUUUGCGUCGAGGUCUGACUCAAUCACUGUCAAUGACAGCUUCAAGUUGGGCCUUUUCGCCCUAAGGUGACAGAAGUUAGUGGAGGUGGAACAAACCUUGCUUGAGACCGCAUGUGCUGAUCAGACGGACAGGACACGAAAACAAUA